AACGUCAACGGAGAAGAUGAGGAUGAUGACGAUUUAUUUUCGACGAUUCUUCAAGAUGAAAGUAAGGAUGGGAUUAGUGACGAACCUACUUCGGAGCAAGUUUCCGAGCCAAAGUAUAAAGACACCACUGGCCCAUCCCAACUGCCCAGUAAGAAAAAAAAUACUGCCAGAGAGAAAUCCCAAGCAUCGUCAAACGAUCUAAAAUCCGAUCUUGCGAUAAAAAAUGUAGGCAGCAACAUGUUGAAACAAGUUAAAAGGCAAAAUUCGAACAAUGAUGUAGAAACUCAUGACCCAUGCAAGUCGGAGGAGCAAAUAGAAAGAGGACCAGAAGAAGAAGAGCGCAUAUCCGAAUUCAAUGUUGAAGGGGAUGCAGAUUUAACCGAAAUUGUGGAAAUGCAACCUCUUUCGAGCGAACAUCUCCAAAAUGAAAAUUCUUCUGAUCACGAGAUACAAAUACUAGCCCUCACCGAUGAUGAGUCACAAACGGAGUUAGAAGUCUUGGAAGAAAAUCUACAACCAAGUGAUGAUAUACACAGCAGUAAUGACGUUGGCCAGAAAUCGCGAAAAAGUGGUGGAUUUUUUAAGGAAUAUCAAGCAAUGCUUGAAGAUGCCGAUGAUUACCUAGAAGAUAACAAUUCGAUGGAUAGCAAAACAAAUGAAAUGCAUUCGUUUGGUGCAGAUGAAGAAAUAUUGGAAGAUACAGAGGUUCACAUGAAAUCAAUUGAACAGGAAAAUAUUGUCGAAGAGCAUGACGCCGAUGCAUCAAAACAUGCCCAGUCUACAACCGAGAACAUUGAAGCUACUGAAAAAGAAGCUAAAGGCAGAACACGGAAAACCCAAAACAGAACGAAUAAUCGCAGUUCCAGUACUCGAAUUGCAAAAAAAGGCGAGGGACUAAACACAUCAAACCGUUACGUAUGCUUUAAGUGCAAUCGUGACUUCAGCACCAAAACCAAUCUCAACCGACAUAUGGCAACACAUGAAGGCAAUCGAGCAUUUCAAUGCCAUAUUUGCGAUAAAACAUUCACCCAGAAUGUGUCACUAAAGCAGCAUAUGUACACCCAUACAGGUGAAAAGCCAUACCAGUGCGUAGUUUGUCAUAGAGGUUUUACGCAAUGCAAGAGUCUGGUGUUCCACAUGCGUAGACAUACCGGCGAAAAACCAUUUCCAUGUGAAAAGUGUGGAGCUCUUUUUCGACAGAAGGAUGGUUUAAAGACUCACAUCCUUAAAAGACACACAAUUAAAUCACAACAAGGCGAUGUUGAGAUAAUAACUUGUGCCAUCUGCAAGGAGGUAUUAGCUGACAAAAACUCUCUGCACGAACAUAUGAAGAAACACUUAAACGACUAUGUUCGAGUGGACUCUGCCAUGUCAUGCGCGAACCGCGAGGCAAAUAUAGAGGAAAAUGACAAUAACAAUAUUCUGCUCGAUUAUAUAGAUGAUGACCCACUGAACGACAAGUCUGGCGUUAUUAUAGAUGAUUCUGCACAAGGGAUUGCGGCUGAUAUAAGUUCAUCGGCGCAUGUGGUAGAUUUAAUGACAACGUCAGCGUUGGAACCAAGUCGUGCAAAGAAAUACCAAUGCCGAAUAUGUUUCAAAUGCUUCGCCAUUAAGAUAAAUCUCAUCCGCCAUUUAACUACCCACAAGAUUGAUGUUGCGUCGGAAGAGUUUCUUUGUAAAUUAUGUGAACUUUGUUUCACUAGUAGUGAAGAAUUACGUGCGCAUACGAUGAGUGAACACAAAGUCUACGAGUCCGGCUCCCAAGCACAGAAGAGUUGCAGAAUCAGAGCGAUUUACAACACGAUUUUAAAUGCCACACAGUACCCCUCCAAGCCGCUAAAAACACGGAAUAUGUGUAUAAAGUGUUUAGAAGAAACUGUUAAACGUCUCCAAGCAAUGAAUAAAAGAGGUUCUCAUUAACAUAGUGUA